AUCUGAGAAGCCUCUUUCUUCUGCUGUCCUCUGCCAUACUACCAUGAGCACUUCUACUCCAUCCACAGCUAAUGGCAACGAUAGCAGACAGUUUAAAGGAGAUCGUUCUCCCUGUGGUCCUUCCCGAGUCCUCCACGUCCGCAAGGUUCCCAUCGAGGUGUCUGAGGCUGAGCUCAUCUCUCUAGGAGUCCCUUUCGGUAGAGUCACUAACCUGUUGAUGCUCAAAGGGAAAAACCAGGCUUUUAUAGAAAUGGCUUCAGAGGAGGCAGCGAUCACCAUGGUGAACUACUACACCACAGCAACACCUCACAUACGCAACCAGCCAGUCUACAUCCAGUACUCCAACCACCGCGAGCUCAAGACAGACAACCUGCCCAAUCAGGGGAGAGUUCAGGCAGCAUUGCAGGCAGUCAAUGCAGUGGCGUUGGGUGGUUCAGCAUCUGGCGGUGACGGAACCCUGAUGCCAGGACAGAGCCCCGUGCUGCGCAUCAUCGUAGAAAACCUCUUCUACCCUGUAUCUCUGGAGGUGCUACACCAGAUCUUCUCUAAGUUCGGGACGGUGCUGAAGAUCAUCACUUUCACCAAGAACAACCAGUUCCAGGCCCUGCUACAAUAUGCUGACCCGAUGAAUGCCCACCACGCCAAAGUGACUUUAGAUGGCCAGAACAUCUAUAACGCGUGCUGUACUCUGCGUGUGGAGUUCUCCAAGCUGACCAGCCUGAAUGUGAAAUACAACAACGACAAAAGCCGAGAUUUCACCCGCCUGGAUCUUCCCUCUGGAGAUGGACAACCUACCAUGGACCCUGCCUUGACUGCCGCCUUCGGUCCUCCAGGUAUCAUCUCUUCGCCUUACGCUGGGGCAGCAGGUUUUGGCCCCGCGAUCGGGUUCCCCCAAGCAGUAGGCCCGCCCUUUGACCUGCUAUCGUGCGUGCCCCCAGGUCUGUCCAUGCACACGAUGACCGGCGCUCUGGGACCCCUCGCCAUGCCCGGCUCAGUCUCGGGACGGAUGACCCUACACGGCAUGGCCCCCAUCGCUGUCCACGCCGUUCUCCUCGUCUCCAACCUCAACCCUGAUAGCAUAUCACCACAUGGACUGUUCAUCCUAUUUGGGGUGUAUGGUGAUGUGCAUCGGGUCAAGAUUCUGUUCAACAAGAAAGAGAAUGCCUUAAUCCAGAUGGCCGACGCUACUCAGGCUCAGCUUGCAAUGUCCCACCUGAACGGCCAGCGGCUGCACGGCAAGGUGAUCAGAGUGACCAUCUCUAAGCACCAGACGGUCCAGCUGCCCAGGGAGGGACAGGAAGACCAGGGCCUCACGAAAGACUUCAGCGGCUCCCCGCUACACCGCUUCAAGAAGCCUGGAUCCAAGAACUUUCAGAACAUCUUCCCUCCCUCUGCCACCCUCCAUCUAUCCAACAUCCCUCCAUCUAUAACAGAUGACAUCCUGAAGGAGCUGUUUGCUGGGACUGGAUACACAGUCAAGGCCUUCAAGUUCUUCCAGAAGGACCGUAAGAUGGCUCUGAUCCAGUUGGGUUCAGUGGAGGAGGCCAUCCAGGCCCUGAUCGACCUCCACAACCACGACCUGGGAGAGAACCAUCACCUCCGCGUGUCCUUCUCCAAGAGCACCAUCUGACCCGCCUCACCCAGCUCCCCCAGCUCCCCCACCCCCAGGGCCUCGCUCCUGGGCUGGGCUAACCCCAUGCCCCCCCACCUCCACCCCCAGGGCCUCGCUCCUGGGCUGGGAUAACCCCAUGCCCCCACCCCCCACCCACCCCUAGCCCCUGUUGGGAGUGACGGACAGAAACACCCACUUUUACUUAAAACAAACAACAGACAAUGAACUAGUUUAGAUGAUAUUGUUGUGUAAUAGACUACUGUAACACAAGGCCUUCAGACAAAGACUGAUAUAGACACAGAGCUGAAGUAGGCUGGAAGGAGAGCUGGUCGAUUGAUUCAGGGCAUAAAGUACAAAGGUGAUGUGGGCUGACAUGGUGCAUCAGUGCAUCCUUUACCUGGCAUUCGAGGACCCUAAUCCAGGGAGAGACUAGACCCCAACCCAGGGAGAGACUAGACCCCAACCCAGGGAGAGAUUAGACCCUAAUCCAGGGAGAGAUUAGACCCUAAUCCAGGGAGAGACUAGACCCUAAUCCAGGGAGAGACUAGACCCUAAUCCAGGGAGAGGCUAGACCCUAAUCCAGGGAGAGACUAGACCCUAAUCCAGGGAGAGACUAGACCCUAAUCCAGGGAGAGACUAGACCCUAAUCCAGGGAGAGACUAGACCCUAAUCCAGGGAGAGGCUAGACCCUAAUCCAGGGAGAGACUAGACCCUAAUCCAGGGAGAGACUAGACCCUAAUCCAGGGAGAGACUAGACCCCAACCCAGGGAGAGACUAGACCCUAAUCCAGGGAGAGACUAGACCCUAAUCCAGGGAGAGACUAGACCCUAAUCCAGGGAGAGACUAGACCCUAAUCCAGGGAGAGAUUAGACCCUAAUCCAGGGAGAGACUAGACCCCAACCCAGGGAGAGAUUAGACCCUAAUCCAGGGAGAGACUAGACCCCAACCCAGGGAGAGACUAGACCCCAACCCAGGGAGAGACUAGACCCCAACCCAGGGAGAGAUUAGACCCUAAUCCAGGGAGAGACUAGACCCUAAUCCAGGGAGAGACUAGACCCUAACCGAGGGAGAGACUAGACCCUAAUCCAGGGAGAGACUAGACCCCAACCCAGGGAGAGACUAGACCCUAACCCAGGGAGAGAUUAGACCCUAACCCAGGGAGAGGCUAGACCCUAAUCCAAAUCAAAUGGAAAUAAAUGUAUUUAUUUAUAUAGCCCUUCGUACAUCAGCUGAUAUCUCAAAGUGCUGUACAGAAACCCAACCUAAAACCCCAAACAGCAAGCAAUGCAGGUGUAGAAGCACGGUGGCUAGGAAAAACUCCCUAGAAAGGCCAAAACCUAGGAAGAAACCUAGAGAGGAACCAGGGUAUGUGGGGUGGCCAGUCCUCUUCUGGCUGUGCCGGGUGGAGAUUAUAACAGAACAUGGCCAAGAUGUUCAAAUGUUCAUAAAUGACCAGCAUGGUCGAAUAAUAACAAGGCAGAACAGUUGAAACUGGAUCCAGGGAGAGACUAGACCCUAACCCAGGGAGGGACUAGACCCCAACCCAGGGAGAGACUAGACCCCAACCCAGGGAGAGAUUAGACCCUAACCCAGGGAGAGACUAGACCCUAAUCCAGGGAGAGACCCUAAUCCAGAGAGAGACUAGACCCUAAUCCAGGGAGAGACUAAACCCUAACCCAGGGAGAGACUAAACCCUAAUCCAGGGAGAGACUAGACCCUAACCCAGGGAGAGACUAGACCCUAACCCAGGUAGAGACUAGACCCUAAUCCAGGGAGAGACUAGACCCUAACACAGGGAGAGACUAGACCCUAAUCCAGGGAGAGACUAGACCCUAACCGAGGGAGACUAGACCCUAAACCGAGGGAGAGAAUAGACCCUAACCGAGGGAGAGACUAGACCCUAACCCAGGGAGAGACUAGACCCUAACCCAGGGAGAGACUAGACCCUAAUCCAGGGAGAGACUAGACCCUAAUCCAGGGAGAGACUAGACCCUAACCCAGGGAAAGAGAUACUCAACGCUCUUUGGAGUCUUCUGCCCAGUCUGUCACCCCGUCACCCACCCAGCCACUGACCCACCUACAGUCCCGGAGUGAGACUCCUCUAGCUGUGCUGCAUUGUUACAACUGAAGCCCCUUCUCCGUAACCAACAGCACACCACGCGUUAUGUGGCGGUGUACCGUUAGACUGGUUUCUCUUCAGUGGGAUGACUUAUUAACAGAUGAUUUACCUGAUGAGUCUGAGACGCUGUUCCAUUAACAGGUAUCGUCACGGAUACGGAGAAAGGGCGGUUGGCUGAUGAAGCUGGGUGCCAGUAGCGGCGACCCUCCUCCUGACCAAUGAACUGCCUCCAUUUUAAGUAGCGUUGGAAUGUCGAGCGAGGGGGACCAAUGAUCAGGCCCCCUCCUCUGUGACAUAAUGGUGACAUCAUCACGGUGCGACACUGAGUCUCAGAGCAGCUCAGCUAAACAUGACCACCACACCACUCAGAUCACCAUGACAACUACACACCUGUUUUGCUUUGUUUUACAGUGUAUCAGUGGUUUUCAUUGAAAUGUAAACAGAAAGAAAACCAUUCAAAGCAGAAUGGGCAAAUCUUCUUGCACCUUCAUUUCUCUGUUUACUGUGCAGAGUCCUUGGACCAGACCAGACCAGGAAGUACAGUAGACUACAAUAGACUACAGUACAGUAGACUGCAGUAGAGUCCAGUAUACUACAGUAGAGUACGAUAGACUACAGUACAGUAGACUACAGUAGAGUACAGUAGAGUACAGUUAGGUACAGUAAUGACCUGUGAAUAAUAGGCAAAGUAAUGGUGAACUUAAUUGCUUUUAUUUGGCCCUGUAGCUAUCUACCUGUAGAUGAGGUGUGUCUACCUGUAGAUGAGGUCUAUCUACCUGUAGAUGAGGUGUGUCUACCUGUAGCUGAGGUCUAUCUACCUGUAGCUGAGGUCUAUCUACCUGUAGAUGAGGUCUAUCUACCUGUAGCUGAGGUGUGUCUACCUGUAGAUGAGGUGUGUCUACCUGUAGCUGAGGUCAAUCUACCUGUAGCUGAGGUCUAUCUACCUGUAGAUGAGGUCUAUCUACCUGUAGAUGAGGUCUAUCUACCUGUAGCUGAGGUGUGUCUACCUGUAGCUGAGGUCAAUCUACCUGUAGAUGAGGUCUAUCUACCUGUAGAUGAGGUCUAUCUACCUGUGGCUGAGGUCAAUCUACCUGUAGAUGAGGUCUAUCUACCUGUGGCUGAGGUCAAAUCUACCUGUAGCUGAGGUCUAUCUACCUGUAGCUGAGGUGUGUCUACCUGUAGAUGAGGUGUGUCUACCUGUAGCUGAGGUCAAUCUACCUGUAGCUGAGGUCUAUCUACCUGUAGAUGAGGUGUGUCUACCUGUAGAUGAGGUCUAUCUACCUGUAGAUGAGGUCUAUCUACCUGUAGAUGAGGUCUAUCUACCUGUGGCUGAGGUCAAUCUACCUGUAGAUGAGGUCUAUCUACCUGUGGCUGAGGUCAAUCUACCUGUAGCUGAGGUCUAUUUAGCUGUAGCUGAGGUCUAUCUGCCUGUAGAUGAGGUCUAUCGACCUGUAGAUGAGGUCAAUCUACCUGUGGCUGAGGUCUAUCUACCUGUAGAUGAGGUCUAUCUACCUGUAGCUGAGGUCUAUCUACCUGUGGCUAAGGUCAAUCUACCUGUAACUGAGGUCUAUCUACCUGUAGAUGAGGUGUAUCUACCUGUAGCUGAGGUCUAUCUACCUGUAGAUGAGGUGUAUCUACCUGUAGAUGAGGUGUGUCUACCUGUAGCUGAGGUGUAUCUACCUGUAGAUGAGGUCUAUCCAGGUCAGAUCAGACUGAACCAGGCUAACUGGACCACACCAGACUGCACAUCUCUGCUGAGAGUGGUGGACAUAUGAAUGUGAAUACUGGAGGCAUCAUUAAAAAAAUGCCACCCAAUUCCCUAUAUAGUGCACUACUUUUGACCAGAGCCAUAUUCCCUAAGGGCCUGGUCAAAUGUAGGCCACUAUAAACAAAUGGGUUGGUGUUUAGGACGCAGGCCCUGUCUGUCUGUCUGUCUGUCUGUCUGUCUGUCUGUCUCUGUCUGUCUGUCUGUCUGUCUCUGUCUGUCUGUCUGUCUGUCUGUCUGUCUGGUGCUGCCGUGGUGUAGCCUUAACAUUCCAAGGAGGGUCAUGUGACCUCCUGAGUAGCAUUAUGGGUAAUUAUUAGCACUGUGUUUGUGUCAUCCAACCUCAGCCGAAGUUAUGUCUCGUAAUCUCCAGGGGAAAAGUAAAAACAAAACAAACAUGAUUUAGUUUAAGUUUAUUACAACGCAAGGCAAGAGAUGGUGUUAUACUUAACAGUUACUGUACCUUAAGCAAAACAACUGCAAACCCUUCCAAAAAAAAUAAGAAAAAGAUUUUGAAGUUUACAGUCUUAACAGAACCCAAUUAUUCAGGUAUCUAUAUAUCUUUUAAAAAAAAGGCUUUUUUUGGAAGAAGAAGAGAAGAAAAAGAACAUGACUUAUUUUUGGUAAUUUGUUAUUUUUUAUGAAAGAGAAAACGAAUCUGAAACCUCACUGGGUUUUUGUACCACUAUAAUCAUAUAAGAAAUCACGAGAGAGCUAAACAUCAUAUUCACUCUGGAUCCACUUCAGUUGUUAUUACGUGCCUUCUAAUCUAAUGUUUUAGACAGCGUCUGAAAUGGCUCCCUAUCCCCUAUGUGGUACACCCUUACUACUUUACAGUAGUGCACUAUUAGAGAAUAGGGUGCAAUUUCAGACACAGACAAUAUCUUAUGUACUAUCUAGUGGGAUUGGUGAGAGGGUUGAUUUAAUUCACUUGUUGUUGGUUUUUUUUUCAUGUAGAGAAAUGUAGACGUGUUUCUUAAUGGGGGGGGGGUCCAUUGUAUUAUAUGGUUUCUGAAGUUAAUGCUUGGUUCUUUGAUUGCACUUCUUAAGAGACAAAUGAGCAGGAAACUGAAAUUACACAGUGUGUACUGUGGGCCUCUCCAUCCCUCUGUGUGUGUGUGUGUGUGUGUGUGUGUGUGUGUGUGUGUGUGUGUGUGUGUGUGUGUGUGUGUGUGUGUGUGUGUUAUGUAGUGUGUGUGUGUAGUGUUUGUAGUGUGUGUGUGUAUGUGUAUGUGUGUGUGUGUGUGUGUGUGUGUGUGUGUGUGUGUGUGUGUGUGUGUGUGUGUGUGUGUGUGUGUGUGUGUGUGUGCGUGUGUGUGUGUGUGUUAUGUAGUGUGUGUUUGUAGUUUGUAGUGUGUGUAUGUGUAUGUGUAUGUGUGUGUGUGUGUGUGUGUGUGUGUGUGUGUGUGUGUGUGUGUGUGUGUGUGUGUGUGUGUGUGUGUGUGUGUGUGUGUGUGUAAAACGUUUGACGCCAUAUUCAUUCUUCUUCACUUAUCUGUGACUUAACAGGACUGAUGAUCUGUUGUUACUGUUGUUACUGUUGUUACUGCCGUUACAUCUUCUAGACCGUUCUACAGCACCAUUUUCAGAACUAAUGCCUUUUGAUGCAGAAUGUAGCUCAGGUCAAAAACAUGGUAAACAAUCUUAAGUCAAUACUGACCGAGUUCUGUUUAGCAAAUCUGAUGAGGUCAAGUUAAUUUUUAUUUCUAAAGUAACCUACCCAAACCCUGUGUAUAAAUGUUAUUCCUCUGAUGGUAAGGCCCACAACACCCACUUAGGUCAUUUCAGGUUUUCCUUCAUUUUGCUAUUUUUGAGUGAAGCUGUAAGAGAACCUCCCAUCUGUGUGUUUUUGAGUCGUAAUCUUUAUUUGACUUGUUUCUCAUAUUAUUCAUGUUAGGGGUAUUUUGGUUGCCUGGUUUUUGAUCCGUACUGAUAUCUGUAGUGCAUUUUUUUUCUCUCUUUUAAAGGUGAACUGGUUGUCUGUCACUCUGCUUUUCAUAACAACAGGUGUUUGAGUCUGCAGAAAGCCCUGAGAAUGUGUGUCUGAAAUAACACCCUAUUCCCUAUAUAAUGCAUUACUUUUUUUUUUUUACGGAGCCACAGGAGUCCCCCCUGGCACUGACCUCGACCCCAAGUUUUUUGGGUGCAUCAAAAGUAGUGCCCGGUAUAGGGAAUAGGGUCCAAUAAUGCUGUGGUAUCUGAGGGCUGGUUCAGACCGUGAACCUCGUAUAAACCACCAUACUGGUUAUUGAUGCUGCGCUUCAUGUAACACCCUGGACCAGAGCUAGUCUCCGCUGAGCUGCCUUUGUCGUGGUCUUCAUCAUACUCCUAUUUCUGUGGAUCGACUCUCUCACGUCUAAAAGCGAUGUCGUUUAAAACAUUUUCAUUUGUGAACAGGAAAGAAGCCGGCUGACUGUAAAGCCUUCUGUAUCAUCAUGAAAGCUGGUAAUUCUAGAAUGUCUGAACGUUCUAGGUCUCUGAAUGUUCUAGAAUGUUUGAACGUUCUAGGUCUCUGAAUGUUCUAGAAUGUCUGAAUGUUCUAGGUCUCCCAAAUGGCACCCUAUUCCCUACAUAGCGCACUACUUUUGACCAGAGCCUACGGUCCCUGUAUAGGGAAUAGGGUUGCAUUUGGGACGCUUCCACAGUCAUGCCUUAACUCAGGCAGCGUAGUUCAGCCAUGAUGACAGACUUUUCUUUUCAAUUGUGAUUAACAUUUUGCUUUUACAUUAUCAAAUGUUUUUUAUACCGAAGAGUCACAAACAACAGAAACAAACAGGACCAAAGUUGAUGUGCCUUUCAUUGAUCUGUUAUUCAUGCCCUGGUUCCCUCAUCCAUCACUAUUGUUUAAAUUAAAGACCAUCAUCCCCUGGUUCCCUCAUCCAUCACUAUUGUUUAAAUUACAGACAGUUAUCCCCUGGUUCCCUCAUCCAUCACUAUCGUUUAAAUUAAAGACCGUCAUCCCCUGGUUCCCUCAUCCCAUCACUAUUGUUUAAAUUAAAGACCGUCAUCCCCUGGUUCCCUCAUCCAUCACUAUCGUUUAAAUUAAAGACCGUCAUCCCCUGGUUCCCUCAUCCAUCACUAUCGUUUAAAUUAAAGACCGUCAUCCCCUGGUUCCCUCAUCCAUCACUAUCGUUUAAAUUAAAGACCGUCAUCCCCUGGUUCCCUCAUCCCAUCACUGUCGUUUAAAUUAAAGACCGUCAUCCCCUGGUUCCCUCAUCCCAUCACUAUCGUUUAAAUUAAAGACUGUCAUUGCUGAAGACGAGGUCAUUGGCUCUCUCAAAACAGGGGUAAAGUAAGUUAUACAUUUCAGUCCAAAUAUAAUUUACAACAUUUUGACAGGAAUCUAUAUUAAGGGAGCCCAUUCCUAGCCUGGUUAACCCAGACUGAAACAGUGAAACGUAAUGAAACAUAAUGAAAUCAGGUUGGAUUCCAGGCUAGCCCAUCGAUUCCCACAGACUCACGUAAUAAAACGCAAAAAAAAAAACAAAAAAAAAAUGUACCUUUAGCUUUACUUUGAGUUGUACAAGAAGACAACACAUGAAUUGAAACCAAAGGAGCUGAACCCUCUUAUUACAACAACCAAUCAUAGUGUAGCGACCCUCACUGGACCGGGGUUCGAGUCCUGGCCGGGGAUAUCCCCCCCAGCCCCCCUGAGUUUACUACAAUAGUGUUACUUUAAUAGUGACUUUUCCUGUCAAUAUCACUGAAUUAUAUGAGAGACAAAUGAUUGGAGAAGUGAAAUCGAUGUCCAGUUUCAUGAUUACUAAAGGGAGAGAUUUGACAUUUUAAACAGCCAUGUAGUUGCACAGAGCUCAGUCAGAGGGCUACAUCCAAGACGGCACCCUUAUCUCUACGCAGUGCACUACUUUUUAUGACCUGAGCCCUAUGGGCCCUGAACGUACGUUGUGCACUAUAUAGAGGAUAUGGUGUCAUUUGGGACACAGGAAAGUGUCUCAUCUGAUCUGAUUGAAUUGUUUUUCUCGUCUCUUUAAGGCACGUCUUGAUAAUAUAGCUUAUUUAUAGUUAAUAUUUCAAUGUUUCACGACCAAAAUAGACAACAAGAAAGUCUGUAUUUAAAAAUGUUCCCUUUUCAAACUUGGCCAAAAUGGUUAAUGAGAACAAGAAAGCUACAAAUAACAACAAUAACGAGAGACAUUAAAGUCCCAGUGCACUCCAAAACGUGAUUUACCUGUGUUUUGAUAUUUCCACGCUAUGAGGUUGGAAAAAUACUGUGAAAUUGCUAAAAUGAUGAUAAUACCCCUUUAGUGUAAGAGCUGUUUGAAAAGACUGCCUGAAAUGUCAGCCCGUUUUGGUGGGAUGGGAGUUUUAGCCUGCCUGGUGACAUCACCAGUUAAUAGACCAAUAAGAAAGAGUUCCAAACCUCUCUGCCAAUAACAGCUAGUUUUCAGUUUUCCCCUCCCCACUCAGACCACUCCCAGACAGUCCUAUCUAAAUUCUUACUUGUGAUAUUGCUCUUUGCUAAGAAGCUAUUUUUGUUUCUUUUUGAUAAUAUGAAUCACAGUUAGGUUCUUCAUUUUUACCCAGAAAUUAUUUGAUACUGAGAUUUAAACAUUUAAAAAAAAAACAGCUGCAUUGAACCUUCAACUGUUUGUUUGUUUUUUUUAAUAUAUAUUUAAAGAUGAACACAACAUGGAAAAAAACAACUUGUGUAUUUUGAUAUCAUACCAGGUUUGAUUUGUAAAGCAGUGUGUGUGACGUCGUGGGGAUGGAAGGUGGGGUGAGAAACAACAGGUUUCCUUAUGAGUUGAUGUCAUUUAAAUGCAAAUAGAAAAUUAAACUCUUAAAGAAACAUAUUUUAAAAUGUUUGUGGUGCAUGGUUGAAUGGAGUUUCUGUAUUUGAUAUAGAAACAUUUUCUUUUACAUUUUUCGAUUGAUUACUAUGAUUAUUAUAGAUAUUAUUAUAAGGAUUCUCAUUAUUACUAUUGCAUCAGAAUCUCUUCUUAUUUUUUUCCUAAAGCAACUUUAAUUGUAGCAUGCCUUGAAUAAAUGUCACGAUCUCUGCUUUC